AUGUCUUUCCGUGUGGUGCGCAGUUCCAAAUUCCGCCAUGUCUAUGGCCAAGCUUUAAAAAGGGAACAAUGCUAUGAUAAUAUUCGUGUUUCUAAGAGUUCAUGGGAUUCAACUUUUUGUGCUGUGAACCCUAAAUUUUUGGCUAUAAUUGUAGAAAGUGCUGGUGGAGGUGCCUUCAUAGUGUUACCCCACAAUAAGGUAGGUCGCAUCGCUGCUGAUCAUCCGCUGGUAGGUGGUCAUAAAGGUCCUGUUCUGGACAUCGCCUGGUGUCCUCAUAAUGAUAAUGUGAUAGCUAGUGGGUCCGAAGAUUGCGUUGUCAAAGUAUGGCAUAUACCAGAUCAUGGCCUUAUCAAAACAUUAACAGAACCAGUCGUUGAUUUAGUUUAUCACCAACGUAGAGUCGGUCUCGUAUUAUGGCAUCCAACAGCAUUAAACGUACUUCUUACUGCUGGCAGUGACAAUCAUGUAGUUAUUUGGAACGUUGGAACCGGGGAAGCCUUAGUUGAAAUUGACUGCCAUCCUGAUAUUGUUUACAGUGCCUGCUUUAAUUGGGAUGGAUCAAAAUUAUUAACAACGUGUAAAGAUAAGAAAAUCAGAAUAAUUAAUCCACGAACUGGAGAAGUAGAAGCUGAAGAUCUGGCACAUGAAGGUUCUAAAGCGACAAGAGCAAUAUUUUUAAGGCACGGUCUAGUGUUCACGACAGGUUUCUCGAAGAUGUCUGAAAGACAAUAUAGUCUACGUACACCGGAUUGUUUGGGGGAACCAAUUGUAAUGGUAGAAUUAGAUACAUCAAAUGGUGUUAUGUUUCCACUGUACGACCCAGAUGCAAAUUUAGUUUUCCUUUGCGGUAAAGGCGAUUCUGUGAUUAGGUAUUUUGAAAUAACGGCAGAACCACCAUUCGUUCAUUAUAUUAAUACCUUCCAAACACCCGAUCCACAAAGAGGAAUUGGGAUGAUGCCAAAGAGAGGAUGUGAUGUAACGUCCUGUGAAAUUAGUCGUUUUUAUAGACUCAACAACUCCGGUUUAUGCCAAGUAAUAACCAUGACAGUGCCUAGAAAAUCAGAGCUUUUCCAAGAAGACUUAUACCCGGAUACUAUAGGAGAUCAAGCGGCACAAACCGCAGACGAAUGGAUCGGUGGUCAAGACGCGGAGCCAAUUUUAAUAUCAUUAAAAGACGGAUACAAACCCCCAGAAUCAAAAUCUUCUCUAUCCGUAUCUAAACGAAGUAAUUUGUUGGACAAAAUUCCACCUAAAGGCGGAAAGGCUAGUAGUCAGGCUGCAAAUGCGGCGGAGAAUAAAACUCUUCAAGAGUUUGCGGAUGAAAUUAGAAAACUGAAGGCUAUGAUAGUAAAGCACGAGAAUAGGAUUCGGGCCCUUGAAGCGGAAGUAGCGCUGAAAAAAGCUGUCACUGCUGACGAUGACGACGGCCCAGGAGGCGGUGAUGGACUGAACGCAGCGCCAGCUGAAAUGGCUUCGGACGAAGUGUGA